AUGCCUCCAAAAAAAACUCCAAAUCAAAUCAAAUCACUCCACGCACUCCAUACACCAAACCACGCCUGCCACGCCUGCCAGAUAGAUGGAUUGAAUCACGCCCGCCCGCCCCGGAAAUGUGGAAGAAGAAGCGAGAAGCGAGUAGGAUUUUCGCUUUGCGCGAUAUUGCUUCCUUCUAUGCGAGGAAAAAGGGAGAAUGAGAAAAGACAGGAGAAAGAAGGAAGAAAAGAACGCCGUGAAGAGUUUGAACUGCGAGAAUCUUUGCUACUGGUUUAUGCCAACUGA